AUAGUUUUCGACGUAAACAUGGAAGAGAAAGAAGCACUCAAAAGGCAAAUUGAACUUCUUCAGAAUCUCAUCAAUAACCACAAGAGUGUCCAUGGUAACAACCCUUCUGUUAGUGUGGACCAGUGGCGUCCAGCAAGAUCACCUCCAGCCAGAGGUAGGGGGCAGAGCACCUCCUUUGUUUGUCCACAAAGCUCCAGAGGAGGAUCUUAUGCCUCUCAGCAACACAGAAAAUGGAAGAAAACCUACUCUCUCAGUAACAGGGUCCCCCAGCCCUCUGCAAGACAGCCCUUAGCCUCUACCUCAUCUUCUGACCCCUUAUCUACUUCAGUAAAGACAACUUACACAAUUCAUGGUGCUUCACUACUCAGCCAGAAUACCAAAAGCCCUGCCAGAGGAGACUCAGGCUGGACUGAAACUGACACUUUAUCAUCAGAAAUUGCUGUUGGAGGGAAAGAGGGGCAGAUUGGAAUGAUUUCAAAGGACAAGCCAUCAACAGAUGUUCUUAGAAAAACAGUUAGAAAAAUUAAUGAAUCUUCACUUGAGGACAGAAAUAGAGAUUCAGUGUUGACAGGUGCUGGUGUGCCACAAGAUGACUCCUACAGAAAGAUCAGAGAUUUUCAGCAGAGGGCUGAUGGGAUGCAUAAAGUCCCAUCAGGAAAGAAAGACAGUGGUUCUUCAAAUCUUCCCUCUUCAGUAAAGACCAAUUCCUUCACCAGGACACAGAGAAUCAGUCAGUUACAGAUCAAGCCACAUUUGCCAGAGAAAAACAUCUUUGAAACUAAACAGGCAAUUACAAUGGCAAUGUCUGCUAACAUCAUAGAUGGUAAUUCCAACCCAUCUGUUUCUGCACUGCCAAGUCCGUUGCAACCACAACAUGUUAGCUCCAUGUCUCAGCCCAGUCUAGCACAAGGGACUGCAUGUCUUCUGAAAAAAUCUAAAUUCACUUGGGUGAAGACCCAGGAUACAGGAACACUGGCACCUAGACAGACCAGAUCCAUCCCUCGAUCUCCAGGGAGCAUUGUUGCCCCAACAUUGGUCUCAAAUGCUGCCAUUGGAGGCCCAGCCACAACCAUCAUCAACAGGAGAACCCCCAGCAAGAAGUUGCCGCGAAGGCUUAGUAUAGUCACAGGAGCCCCUAAGACUUCAAAGUACACCUGGGUUUCCUCUUCUGCUGGAGGCCAAGUCAAACUGACUGGGAAACCACUGUCACCCAAAGGCCUGGCUCUUGCUCAUAGAGCUUUGGAGAAGGGAAAAGCUGCCAUGAAGCUUAAGCAAGCUAAUAUCCCUAAAACACGAAAGGCAAUAGCAUGCUCCUCCUCUACCACCAUCUCUGUUAGUAGCCGCUACAGAUGGAAGGCAGGGCAGAGUGUCUCUGCGGCAGUGGCACAAGGGUCCACAUUGGCCAGUAAUGGCUCUGCCUUCAACUGGACUUCAGAAAAAAGCUGUAGAGGAGUAAAGGGAGGGCUUGGUGUUCGCCCCUCCUCAUCAACAGAUUUUCCUAUCCAGCCCUCCUCAUCCCCUGGUGGAUUCAAGCUACACAGCAGAAUGAAGAUCAUCAGGAGGUCUGCUAGCAGUGGCUCUGCGUCAGAGAGAAGAGUGGGCCCACCAGCAGUGAUGGUGAGUGGAAGACAUUUAAUUCGAGGGCGGACACACACCUUGACUAAGAGCCCUGUGGGUAUGAGGAAGGCCAUGUCCAAGGAGCUGGUUUCCUUUGGGCGGCACAGGCUACGACGGCUCUCCCCUGGUUCUUCCCGGGCAGGCCACGCCACUCCUUCCCACCGUAGCCCCACAUCACCGAGGGUGUUCAGGACACGCUACAAAAUGGUGACUCGCCGGAGUGCCAGUGUCCCCCAUGCAUUCCAGUACAGUCCCACCCUUUCUUGGAGAGCAAAGAGAAUUCAGUCUGCCAGGAGUGUGCUCCAGAACCGUGUGAGAGUUCCCCAGGACAGACAAUCACCAUCCCAUCAUUGGAGAGCAAGGAGCAUGCGCUGGAUUGGGGGCUCCUUAUACAGGGUGUCGGCCAAUAAACUUUCCCGCACUGUAGCGCCCAGCAUGUCAAUCAACCGAACAGGAAGGUGGCUUACUCCUCAACAGACCUCCCCCACCACCUCUACUUUGUCCCGUCCAUCCAAUACUCGCCAUGUGGCCAGCCGUGUGGUCCAGAGGAGUCUUGCCAUCAUCAGACAAGCUCAUCAGAAAAAGCAGCCAAGGCAGUACUGCAUGUACUACAACCGCUUUGGCAAGUGUAACCGUGGCAGCAGCUGCCCCUACAUCCAUGAUCCUGACAAGGUGGCUGUCUGUACCAGGUUUCUGCGGGGAACUUGUAAGAAGGCAGAUGGGACCUGCCCAUUCUCCCAUAAAGUGGCCAAAGAAAAGAUGCCGGUGUGCUCCUACUUCCUGAAGGGAAUCUGUGACAACAGUAAUUGUCCCUACAGUCAUGUUUAUGUCUCCCGCAAGGCUGCCAUGUGUCAGGACUUCAUCAAGGGCUAUUGCCCCCAAGGAGAGAAGUGUAAGAAGAAGCACACACUGGUGUGUCCCGACUUUUCCAGCACUGGCACCUGCCCCCGAGGCUCCAGGUGUAAGCUGCAGCACCGCCAAAAGGCCAAACGAAGUGCCCCCACCACCUCCGCCAUGCCAACCAAGAGAGCUCGUACAAAGGACUCCACCAAGAGACCCCGUCUGUCUAUCAUCAUGCCACCGAAGCAGGCUCAGGACUCUCAAGCAGAUCCAGUGACACCUACCUCAGGUUCGCUGAAACUGCCAUCAUUUAUCUCCCUCUCCAGCUCCCCGGAAGAGGCAGAGAUACCAGACACACCGCCUGCAGAGACCUCACAAGUUAAAGAGAAAAAGCUACAGAUCAAGCCGCGGCUUUAAGACGGCCAUCGCUGGAUGCUCUAAAGCUAGCCAUGUCAGAGCCACCGGAGUAUUUCUAGAGAAGCGGAAGUAUUGAUUUUUGAUUUGAGUGUUUAUUACAUCCUAAUAUCUCUGUGCCCUAAUUUGAUAAACUCAUUAUAUUCAUAUAUCUCUUUCAUGUUUAUAAAGUUAUCAUGCGUAUCAGCUACAAUGUUUGCUGUUUGGCUUUUUUCUGGUUUUUUAAAUUGUAAUAAAAUGAUAA